GAAUCGCUUCAAUCAAGCCUUCAACAUCAACUUCUGCAUAACCACAAUUGUAUAUUGCCAUUUACCCUAGAUAAUCCUCAAAUAACUGUCAAAAUGGGUAUGGUCGACGCCCCCAACCGAGUGCCUGGUCAACAGAAAUUCUACCAGCAAGCGUACAAGCAACACACUCGUGUUUGGAAUAUCAACACACGAAGCCCCAAGCUAUUGAUUCCCUACUACAUCCUAUAUGGGGUUACUGGUAUCUCCUGCAUGUACAUGAUGGGUCGUAAGAUUGCUGGCUACAACACCUGGUUCGGCAAGAACUAAAUUUGCGAAUAUGACAUGACAUAGGUCGCGGCACGCAGUAUGGGAGAGGUCGGAGAGUCGAAGAUAACGGCGGGUGUCUUGCUAAGUCGAGAAAUAGACAGUCUUUCGCACAAAUGCAUUCCUACCAUCUUUCUACCUACCUAGGUAGUCAAAUCACAAUGGCAUUAUGAAUAUCAUCAACACCACCUGGAAUCGUAUAGGAGG